AUGAAGACAGACCCCGAGUUUGGCGCUGCUGUGCAACGCCUGCGAGUAAGGCAAUGUACGUAUGAAGAUGUGGACCUCUUUAACACCCGUGUUGUUCGUUCCUCAAGCAACACCCAAGGCAUCGACCUUGGCACGAACGACAACCUAACCGGAGCAGCUAUCGUGAGCACGAAUGCUUCGCGUGAGCAUCUAAACAACAUUAAGGCGGCAGCAACCUGUGCUACGCAUGCCCUGAAUCUGGUCAUCUGUGCUGCGAACGACAGAGUUAAACAAACUUCGAGUACUUUAACGCGCGAGAUACGACUGCACCUCCUCGGCCUCGACGUGGCUGCAUUCAGUUCUGCUGGUGCGCUUCCAGGUUUUGUUUCUCUGUAUGUCGGAAUGCCAGUGAUACUUCGGUCCAGGAAUCUGUCCACAGAACUCGGCAUCACUAAUGGAUCUCAGGGUAUAGUUCGUAAAAUUUAUACAGCACAGUGCGCAGAAGGACUCACAUAUUGCACCUGUGCUCUUGUCGACUUUGCGGGCAGUCGAGUGCGAAUCCCAGGUUUGCCAGUGGGAACAUUCCCCAUCACCCCCAUUUCGUGGACGUUUACUACCCUCGCUCCAGGGUCGAAAGAUGACAAGUCCAAGCUGCGUGUUGUACGCGAACAAUUGCCUAUCCAGCCCGCGUUCGCUGUGACGGGCCACUCUGCCCAAGGCAAAACUCUUCCGAAGGUCAUUGUAAAUCUG